GAUGCUCUGAAUCCCCGCCCCGAGUCCUCCUUGACUAUCCAAAAGCACCGCCCGCCGCCGUCGCCGCGACGCCGCCUAGAAAAAAUGGACGCGCUCGUGGUGCGGCGGCUCGGGGACCCCACGCUGGCCCCCGGCGGCGAGGCCUCCCCGUUCGCGCCGGUCACCGGGGACCACCCGGCGCCGGCGCUCGCGUCGCCGACGUCCGUGCGGGUGCGCGUGGCGGCCACCAGCCUCAACUUCGCCACCUACCUGCAGGUACAGGGCAAGUACCAGGAGCGCCCCGCGCUACCGUUCGUCCCGGGCUCCGACUACGCGGGGUUCGUCGACGCCGUCGGCCCCGCCGUGCGGAGGUUCCGCCCCGGGGACCGCGUCUGCGGCCUCGCCGCCGUCGGCUCCUUCGCGGAUCUCAUCGUCGCCGACGAGAAGCAGCUAUUUUCGGUGCCUGAUGGAUGUGACCUUGUUGCUGCUGGAGCAUUGCCUGUUGCAUUUGGUACAUCGCAUUUGGCCCUUGUACACAGAGCUGAACUAAAGGCUGGCCAGGUGCUACUUGUUCUGGGUGCUGCUGGUGGUGUCGGGGCAUCUGCUGUACAAAUAGGAAAAGUUUGUGGUGCUGUUGUUAUUGCAGUUGCUAGGGGAACUGAGAAAUUGCAGUAUCUCAAGACUAUAGGAGCUGACCAUGUAAUUGACUCAAGCAAGGAAAGUAUUAUGGAAAGUGCCAAAUCUUUUUUAAAAGCCAAAGGCCUCAAAGGUGUUGAUGUCUUAUAUGAUCCUGUUGGAGGCAAAUUAACACAAGAUAGCCUAAAACUUCUCAAUUGGGGUGCACAUAUUCUGAUAAUUGGAUUUGCCAGUGGAGAUGUACCAAUUAUUCGAGCAAACAUCGCUCUUGUUAAGAAUUGGACAAUUCAUGGUUUGUACUGGGGAAGCUACUUCACUCAUCGGCCACCUGUACUCAUUGACUCCCUCAAUGAACUCUUUUCAUGGCUUUCAAAGGGGUUGAUAAAAAUCCAGAUUUCCCACACUUACAGGCUCCCUGAGGCACAUCUCGCUUUCGCAGCCCUGAGAGACAGGAAGGCCGUUGGUAAAGUGAUGAUUGUGAUGGGCUCACCAGCAAAAUCAAGACUCUAACGCCCUUCAGGGUUCAUCAGGGUUCUAUUCAAAACCAUACAUCUAUGCACAUGUCAUAUGUAUAGACCAUGACGGUAUUAUUUAAAGCAGCGGUAGUCCCUUUCAAUAAUGUGGUUUACAAGUACUGCUAGCUUGCAAACUACCAGAGACAUGAAUUAUUUUAUGUAUGUAGAUUAGUGGAGAAUAAAUUUGAAAAAUAAAAUAGAGUUAUCUGUAGGUUGGGCCGUCCCCUGUAAUGUCUGGCUUCUGCAAUGUAACCGACACUGUGUACCAAUGCUGCAGGAUGUAUGAGAAGAGAAAAUGUGAGAAAUAUGUGAAGUUAUUAAUUGUAGUAUAAAUUUCAGAAAGCA